ACUAAAUAUAUGCUCAAUUUGAGAGAAUUAUAAGGAUUGCGCUAAUUAAAUGAUGAGAGAAAGGCAUUGACAGAUAGAUAUGGUGUAGGAUAUAAUCAUCCAAUUUCUGCUAGAAAUGAAUAUAGUAGCAAGUAGACACUAAGUGCCUGGGAUCCAAUCACUAACAAACCAUAAACUCUUAUAAUUAAUAAUGGUUCUGAUCCUAUAGCUUUAGAUCAUAAUGUACCCAGAUAAGUAUUUAAAUCUAUUUUAUUUAGGAUAUUACCAAAAACAUUGUAUUUUAGAAGGGUUUUCCUUUUCAAAAUAACUAAACCAUUACUGUCAAACCUUAGAUCUAAACAUAAAACAUUUCCACCACUUCUUCUAAAAUAUAAUCUACAUAACAAAUUCCUUAAAAUUAUAUGCAUGAAUAUCAUCACAGAUAACGUCCUUAUUAACUCAAAAGUGUUGAGGAAAUUCUAAUACCUUGGAAAGCAAAAGAGAUUAUGUAUAACAGAGAAAUAGCUGCUUUAUAAGAUUAAAUCAAAAAAGGUAAUUAUACUAUGUAAAAUAAAACAACUUUAAAAGUAGAUAAUGUAGCAAAAAAAUUAGAUUUAUAAAAUUAAGUUGAAAAACUAGAAGCAAUUCUAAAGAAUAAAGAUGAAGAAAUUACUAGAUUAAAAAUAAAAAGUUAAGAAGAAGAGGAUAAACUCUUAGAAAUAUCUUAGGAUAAUUCUACUUAAUUUAAUAAUUAUCAAAAAGAAUUGGAAGAAUGGAAGAAAAAGUUUAAAGAACUUAAUAAUUUAUAUCACGAAUGCGAAGAAGAGUGUACCAUGAAAGAAACAGAAAUUGAAAGUUUAAAAAAAAGAAAACUCUCUGUCAUUAAAACUUAAACAGUAUCUAAAGUUGCAGCUAAACCUCAAAAAAAUAUGGAUAGCCCAAGAGCUAUUAUUUCAACUGUAAGCGAUAAAGAUUCAGAUUAUUAUUGAAAAAAG